CAAGCAAUCCAAUUGUACUUGAGCUGUGAAAUUAAUUCCUGUUUUAUCUGUUGGUUGUCAACACAUUAACUAAAUGGUUGUCAAGUUAACCCUUUAGUUAUUCUGUGUUUAGAAAAUUACAAGUACAUUUGAAAUUCAUGACGUCUUUAACCUUAUUUUAAAGAUAUGGUUGGUGACUUGGAGAAACCAGCCAGAGCAAGAUACAUUUUGAAAUGUAUCUUCAUUAUUUUGAAAUUGUAUCUACAUUUGAAAAUAAUCCUAUGACCCCACCUUCAGGCCUCCCUCAAAAAGCCACUCACCAAAAACAAGUGAUUAGCUCUCUAGCUUUUACAUUUGCUCUGCUAUAGCUUUUUGGAAGACUCCGGUCAUGUGCAGUGAGUGCAUGGACAGAGAGUACGCAGGUAGGUAGGUAUAGAUAGACAGGUUUGCUCUCUUCUCUUUUCACUUGGCCUGAAUAAAAGGAUUGGACAGGGGUACUAAAGGCCUGCCACAGCCAUAGAUACCGGAUUGUUUUAUUUUAUUUUUACUUUUCAAAUGACCAUAUAGUGCCUUUGAUUUACUGGUUGAUGUUGGAAUGUAAAGAUAAAUGAACUAAUAUGACAAAAAUGCCCCUAAGAUAACCUACACUAGCUUUCAUGACUGCUUUUAGGCCACCACCACCCACACACCUCCGUUAAGCAGAGAAGGUGGAGUUUCAACAUCUCCUGGGAACCUGCUGCCGGGAGAACAGCACCUCCUGCCUCUUGUGAAUCUCUCUGAUGAGCGUCUGAGUCUCUCGAACGCUGUGGUUGCUCUUCCUCUUCAGGAACUUCAUCUGGAGGAAAUCCAGCUAGAGAGAGAGAGAGAGAGAGAGAGAGAGAGAGAGAGAGAGAGAGAGAGAUGAGGACUCUGACUGUGAGGAAGGUGAUGAGAUGGGGAGACAUGAUAGAAGGAUGGAUGAGAGGAUUCAAUAGAUGGAGAUCCCUGUUGAAGGGGGAAAAGAGGGAGAUUGUGAUGAAUAGGGGCGUGUCAAUGGACAGGGGAGGGGAGAGUCAGAAGAAAGUAUGUCAAAAUGCAACAGUAUAUGAGAGGACAGGUUUUACCCUGUAAUGGAAAUUUCCAUAAGAUGGUCAUUUUGUUCGCUAAACACCAAGACACUGACCUCUUAGUUAUGAUCCAUGUACAGUUAGAAGAAUCUGAGGAACACUUUAGCACAGAAUAAAAAAUGAAACGAUUGAAGAUAAAUCAUUAUUUAAAUAAUUCACAGGAUAUUCAUUUUUGGAUCUCGUGGGAGACAUUGCUCUAAUAGUAAGGGGCAAUAAGAUCACCAUUUGUGAUAAUGGUUCCAAAUGGUGUGUGUGUGUGUGUGUGUGUGCGUGUGCGUGUGUGUGUCAGGGAUGGAAAUUAACACCCGCCACACGCCAUUUGCGGGUGGAUUUGUAUGGUGGCGGGUGAAUUGUGUCACUUCACCCGCCACUGUGUCGGGUAAUACUUUCCAGUCAGGUCCGAUCAAAUUUGCAUAUUUAAUACAUUCGUCAUAUGGCGCUGCAGUUCUACAGCCAUUACUGUCAACAUCCGGCCCCUUCUUCUACGCCUCUGUCACGUUAAAAUUGUACCGGGGGCGAAGAUUGUACCGGCCUACGUCAUCAGUUGUUUACAUCUUGACAACCUGCCUGGCAACAAACGACGCGAUCGUCUGUUGCCGGGCAGGUUGCAAAAAGCAUAAAAGUGCUGGUGUUAGAAAAAAAGUUGACGGGAAUUAAAGUGCUGCACAUCGAUUGUACAAAUGUAGAUAAUUGAUCACAAGAAUUUUAAUUCAGAAAAUGAAUAGGCUAAUAAAGUCUGAAUUGUGAGAUCAAAUUUAGCAUUCUGAUAAUAAAGUCAGAAUACUUGGAUAAAAUCCGAAUUCUGAUAAUUAAAUCCAGCAUUAAAGGUUCAUUUAAGAAGGUUCUCACCAGUCAUUUAUCGCCUGGUCGCGAUGUUGAGUUUUUCUUAAAGUAGUUCACUAGCGUGCAAUAAUUUGCAGUGUCAGAAUUCUGAGAAUUUAGUCAGCAUUCAGAUUUCUCAGAAAUCUCUGACACUGCAAAUUAAAGCGCUACUACUAGCGAACUACUUUCAGCGUGACUGGAGAGAACUAUUUAACAGUGUUACAGGUGGGAAUCAAAUGUGUUCCCCGUACGUAGGGUAACCAGACGUCCUCUUUUGCCCGGACAUGUCCUCUUUUUGAGACACUUUUAAAAAAUGUUUUGCGGAAUUUCAAAAUCGUCCGGGAUUUUAUUAGAGCCUCAUACAUGUUCACAUUGAAUUUGCGUUGCGUUUCUCUGGGUCGUUCACAAACUAGUUAGGCUACGCCCUCCCCUACCCAGUUCUCUCUGGUUCUCUUCGCUUUGCAUUGGUGGAAGUGAGUAGGGGGAGUGGUUAAGUAGAGCCUUCAGAUUGGACGGUUUGACUGACGCCCCGUGCCCACUACAGGGGUUGACACUAAGGUUUCAAAAGCACUUGCCCAUCGGGCAAGUACAGGUCAGGUUCAACUUGCCCGAAUGUAAUGUUCACUUGCCCAAAUUAUAAUCAGAAUCGUGAACGGGCCUCUUUUUGCCAGGCACCCAGCCUGGUUUUGGGGGGGCUCAGAAAAAUCAUCCUAGCUCAGACUGAAGCUGAAUGUUAGCUUCCACACAUGUGUUUAAAAAAUAACAAACUUCUCUUUGUUUACUUAUUUAUCGAGCGGUCACAUCGUGCCAUGAAGUGAUUUCAGUCCACAGUUGCAACCUAUUAAAGCUAUCGCCAAGUUAUAUGUAGACCUGCAUGAUUUGAUGCAAAUGUACAUAACUAAAUGUCAGAGGUAGUAGCAAAGAUAUGUCUUUUUUAACUUUCAAGUUUCUUGUAGCUCUAACUGAAUAAUCACAAUCGCGUUUCUAGUAGGGUUGUAAGUCACGAUACUGGAUUUUCUAACUUCAACACUAUUCCUGGAAAAGAUCGAUAUUCUAUACCAUUUUCGAUAUCAGGGGAAACGUUUUUUUCAGGUAAGAACAUAGCCUACCCAAAGUAAAGAGAUUAUAUCUCCACAACUGCAAGGGCGAUAAUGUCAUCUUUGGGCCAAAAGAAAGAUUGUUGUGCAAGUGAAAUAUUCAAUGGGGAUAAUACUUGGUUAAAGUGAAUAAAGCCAUGGAACACAGCAUAAGUGGAAGAUAACAUUUCCACCUGAAAUAAUUAUCAGUAUCAGUUGGUCGUUAUCAGUUGGGAGCGCUGUCUUACUAUGAGACACAAAUAAGGUAGAUAUCUUAAAAUUUUGACACCUGACACCUCUAUUUAAAGUUCAGGGCAAUCGAAUGCACCAAGCCAAACACUCGCAAAUAAAUAUAUGGCCACUAGAUUGCGCUGAAGAAUAUGUUUUCUGAUUGAAGGCAAUUUACCUAUUUCCUAAGAAACCUUCUCUUAUUCAUUGAUUGAAAACACCAUAUUAGGUUGCAAAAUUUGGCCCAGAUACUGGAUAAUCUGUUUAUGGUGGUUUUAUUCGAUCAGAAUCAACUGUGUGGACAAAAAUCACAAAGGUAAUACUUAAUUUUUGGUUGUUAAAAGAAAAGGGGACGUUUCUUCUUAAGUUGUUAUUUGCGAGUUUUAGUCACAGAAUGAUAUGGUUUGGACUGUUGGAAUAGCCUAAGUGAAGGCUCAGCUUUCAUGUAAUAUAUACAGUAGUUUGUGAGGGUCCAAUUUCGUGAAAAAGAUCGCUAUUGCUGUGCGCAUGUGCAGUUAUGAAACACAAAACCGUGUUCUUGAUUUUCCUUGAUAAUUUGCCUCAAUCCAAAGUACUUCCAAACUGCACUCCUCCAUCACUACUCCAUUUAACUUCUACCUAAACCGUUCGAGGAGGUGCUGCACUUGAGAUGCUAGCUGUGUUGGCUAACCUUUAGCGAAUCACUGCCAGAGACCGCACUGCGAAUGAGUGACAGAAGGCGGGGCUAUAUUCGCACUGAAGCGAUGCGUGUCUGUUAACUCGCUUUCCGAGAGAAGAGAAGACAGCGCGCUGAUCAAUUGCAAAUACGGUACUUCUAUUUUGUGUGGUUUUGCGGAACAAAAGGUUGUUCUGCAGUUUCUAAAAACAUUUGAAUAAAUAGCUUUUAUAUUAACAUCCACCCAAAAUCCACUUGCCCGUUCGGGCAACCAGAAAAAAUCUCAACUUGCCCAAACAUUUUUUUUACUUGCCCCGGGCAAGCAGGCAAGUGGCAACCCCUGCACUACCUCCGUCAGUUGACCGUUGCCCAUUGACUUUGAAUGGGGACGGACGCGCAAUGCAUUGUGGAUCCGUCCGUUCAGUUGGAGCGUUCGCCACCGUCAGAAAGUUGAAAAAUGUUCAACUUUUUCGGCAGCGACGGUUCCGUCAUCCAAUCAGAUCGCGUAUGCAAAUGCAAAUGCCACAUAGAUAUAUAAUUAUGUUUUUGCACGUUUGCAACGUUUAAAAGUUCAGGGUAUAAAGUUCAAGUAUAUGCCUCUACUUGUAUUGCUUAAGCUAAUAGCCUUUUGAGGCAGUGUUUUUUUCUGAAUAUUUGUGUUAAGGGCCAAUAAUGCUUACUAUCAUACGUUAGUUACCUGUCUGUGGACAAAUUUGUAUGCAGUCCCAUGUAAAUAACAUGUUAUGAUGGUGUAGCCAUGCAUGUUGUUUUAUUGCUAAUAUGUCAAUUUGUUUUUUAUUGAAAAUACUUUGUAUAGAUGAAUUAUCCCCAAACUUGUCAUCGUAACAUCUUUGAAAUAAACAUGACUUAACAUGGCAGAUACCUGUGUAUUGUUUAUCAUAUGCGGUAAGAGUGUAACGUUUUCAACUCAGUUCCUUGGUAGAACCUACUUACAGUAAAAAUCACUUCUGAUGGAAAAAAAGAUGUGUAUGAAAAGCACUUUUCUUAUCUAUUUUUACUAUUUAUUGUUUAAAAUGUACGCAUAUAUUAAAAAAAAUAGAUAGCGUAUAAAAAGUGGACAAAAAAAAGUGGAAAAAACUGCACAAUGGGUUUAGAUCGUUAUUCAUAUCUGUUAGAUGUUUCCCCAUGAGGUGUAACCCCCGCACCGUUUCGAAACCUACACAUCAAUCUUGCUGUAACUAUAGGUUGCUGCCUUCUUCUUCAAUCAAUGCCCGGCGAGUGGUUUGCAGAGAUCAUCGUAAAUGGCAUUUCAUCUGGCUAAAUUAGCCGGCUGUUGUAUCACCUUAUUCUAUUGAUGCUACCCUAGGGAUAUGUGAUUGUUAUCAGAUGAAAAUAACUCACAUUGUUGAUCUCACUCGAAUUAAAUUGGAUGUCCAUUAUACCAGGCACAGCAUCUCGUAGCUUUAUCACUGCACCGUGAACAGCGCUUCUAUUGGCUCGUUCGGCACCUCGCCCACCUCUGACGUAGAAGGUCCCGCCCCCGAUACUUCCGGACAUGUGUUCCGCUUGUCAUGUCCGACCACAACCAAAACAAUAACAGGGAUGCAUAUAUCUUUUGCCUAAUAAGUUUAAAUUGUCAUCAUUAGUUAGAAAUCCGAAUCUUAGAACUAUGUUUGAACAUUAGCAGGACCGUUUUAAUGUACCAGAACAUCUGUAGGAUCUUUGCCUGUGAGCUGGCGCUGCUCGUCAAAACGCAGUACGCCUGGAUCAAAGCAACAGUUACCUCAGUAGCUUUGGACAAACGCAUGUUUUGCCGAAGAAGGACUUUGGUUAACCUUUGAGAGCCGCCAUGGGGUCUGUUCGUUGGGCUUUUCGGUAUGGUUCCUGGACACCGUCCCGGUCCGAGUGGCUUUAUGCGGCGCGUUGUAUACAGCGAGAGGAGAAGGAGAGAAUUGGACAGUUCGUUUUUGCCAGAGAUGCCAAGUCAGCAAUGGUUGGUCGGCUGCUCCUGAGGAAGUUUGUGUGUGAGAGGAUUGCAGUUCCCUGGUCAGAGAUCCAGUUGGCACGCUCACCCAGAGGGAAGCCGUACCUGGUGCUGCCAGAGGCCACCACCACCCACACACCUCCGUUAAGCAGAGAAGCCCAGAGGUGGAGUUUCAACAUCUCCCACCAGGGGGAGUAUGCGGUGCUGGCUGCAGAGCAGGGCCUGCAGGUCGGGGUGGACGUUAUGAAAACCACCAUGCCAGGUAGCAGCUCUGUAUCCCAGUUUUUCCGCAUCAUGACUCGUCAGUUUACGGAGUACGAGUGGAGCGUCAUCCAAUCAUCUGGCUCAGAACGCCAGCAACUCGCCGCCUUCUACCGCCACUGGGCGCUGAAGGAGAGCUUCAUCAAGGCCAUUGGCACGGGGCUGGGCUUCAACCUCCAGAGGGCGGAGUUUCACCUCUCCCCUCAGCCAGUCACAGAGGAGCAGGGGCAGCACCGGACCAUGAUGCAUCUGGACGAGGAGGAGGAGGACAGCUGGAGGUUUGAGGAAAGCUUGUUGGAUGCGGACCACCAUGUUGCCGUGGCGCUAGGACUCCACAGCCCUCCUCCUGCUGGGCAGCCCAGAUGCCCGUCGCCCCCUCCCCCGACCGCCUUCACCCACCUGACGUUCGGUGACCUCAUCGCUCAGGCCACGCCCCUUAGCGAGGAAGACCCCGCCUACUGGGACGGCUUCCAGAGCAAGGGCGAGGCCCCCCAGAGACAGAGCAGCAGGACCCCGUCAGAGUGAACGCCGCACCUUCCAGCGCGGCGGCAGUGCCACGUGACGCCACAGCGGGCCAAACGCACCCGGAGCGCCUCACAAUGUCCGGGAGAUGCAGGGAGGAAGACCGAAUGAACACGGGUCCACACGCAUGCGUCAUCCUGCCACGGGCUGGUGCUCUGAUGUACCCAGGCACACGUCUUACCGUGACCUGCUGGGCUGUGGGUCGCUCCGGAAGGAACGACGCACAUUGGAGAACGUUUGGGCACGCUGGACCUGUUGCAUUACUGAGUGCUGGAAAAACGCACGGUUAAUGGGUUUCAAUGUGCUCCGUGAGUAAUACACUCACUGUGUGAAUUGUUUGAUUGUGGUUGAGUGAUAUGUUGUUUGACUAAUUGGGUUGUAUUUUUACGAUCACAUUUCGCCUUGAACCCCCAGCUACAUGGGAACAGAUAAAGAAAUGUAAAUGAAGUCUUGGUGUUCUUCUACUUAUUUCUCAGGUGUUUACCUGUAUGUUAAUUCUGUCUCUCGCCAUCCAUGUCUCUUAUCAACCUGUGUGUGUGAGUGUGUGUGCGAGUGUGUGUGUGUGCGUGUGUGUGUGUGUGUGUGUGUGUGUGUUCGUGACUUAUGCACUACUGCCUCCCCUCGCUUAAAUCCCUCUUCUAUAGGCUUUACUAAUAUGCAUGAUUGAUCAUGGCAUGAUUUUGUGGGUGUAAGAAAAAAAUAUCUUAACAAGCAAUAUAUAUAUUUAUACAAUUAAACACGCUAUUUAAAAAAAAAUGCAUGAGU